AUAAAGAAAAACAUGAUGUUUCAAGCCCAUCUGGACUCCUUGUUUCUCCUGACACUUUGUUUGACAACUGGAUAUGGUCAAGAAGGGAAGUUUAGUGGACACCUGAAACCCAUGGUAUUUUCUAUUUAUGAAGGUCAAGAACCUUCCCAACUAAUCUUCCAGUUUACAUCCAUACCUCCUGCUGUGAAUUUCCAACUAACUGGGGAGACAGAUGGAAUCUUUGAGAUACAACCAAAUGGAUUUCUGUAUUACACCAAAGCCCUGGACAGGGAAACAAGAGCUAUUCACAAACUCCAGGUUACAUCCCUGGAUGCCCAUGGGAGGACAGUGGAAGGCCCUGUCCCAAUCACCAUAGAAGUGAAGGACAUCAAUGACAACCGACCCACAUUUCUCCAGCAAAAGUAUGAAGCCUCAGUGAGGCAGAAUUCCCGACCAGGGAAGCCCUUCGUAUACGUCAAUGCUACAGACUUGGAUGAUCCAGCCACUCCCAAUGGCCAGCUUUUUUAUCAAAUUCUCAUCCAACUUCCCCAGAUUGACAACAUUAAGUACUUUCAGAUCAACAAUAAAACAGGGGGAAUCUCACUUACCCCAGAAGGAGCUUGGAAACUGGAUCCUAUGCAGAAUUCUUUCUACAGUCUGGUGGUCUCAGUGAAGGAUAUGGAAGGCCAGAGUGAGAAUUCUUUCAGUGACACCACAUCUGUGGAUAUUGUAGUGAAGGAGAAUAUUUGGAAAGAACCAGAGCCUGUGAAAAUUGAAGAAAACUCCACUGAACCUCACCCCAUCAAAAUCACUCAGGUGCGGUGGAAUGAACCAGGUGCACACUACUCUUUAGUCGAAUUGGAGAAGCUGCCAAGAUUCCCAUUUUCAAUUGAUCAGGAAGGGGAUAUUUAUGUGACUGAGCCCUUGGACCGAGAAGAAAAGGAAUCGUAUGUGUUUAUGGCGGUUGCAAAGGAUGAGCAUGGAAAGCCACUUGCAAGGGCAGUGAAGGUUUAUGUCGAAGUUACAGACAUUAAUGACAACCCACCUACAUGUCCUUCUACAAAGACUGUAUUUGAGGUCCAAGAAAAUGAAAGAAUAGGUAACCCUAUUGGGACUUUUACUGCUCAUGACAUCGAUAAAGAAAACACCGUCAAUAGUAUUUUACGGUACGCAAUUGUGGAGCAAAGCCCCAAGGUUCCCAACGAGGGACUCUUCCUGAUUCAAUCCUAUGGGGGGAUGCUCCAGCUGGCUCGGCAAUCCUUGAAGAAGCAAGAUGCUCCUCUAUACAACCUAACGAUAGAGGUGUCUGACCACGAUUUCAAGACCCUCUGUCCUCUGCAAAUCAACGUUAUUGAUAUCAAUGAUCAGAUCCCCAUCUUUGAAAAAUCGAAUUAUGGAAACCUGACUCUGGCUGAAGACACAGCUAUUGGGUCCACCAUCUUAACCAUCCAGGCCACCGAUGACGACGAGCCAUUUACUGGGAGUUCUAAAAUCCUGUAUCGUAUUAUAGAGGGUGACAGUGAGGGGCGAUUGGAGAUUGACACAGACUUCCACACCAAUGCUGGAUAUGUCAAGAUUAAAAAGCCUCUUGAUUUUGAAACAGCAUCUGUUUACAACAUUGUAUUCAAGGCAGAAAAUCCCGAGCCACUGGUAGCUGAUAUAAAUUAUAAUUCAAGCUCGUUUGCCACUUUCAAGCUCAUUUUGACAGACGUCAAUGAACCGCCUGUGUUUUCCCAACAAGUAUUCCAAGCGAGAAUCCCUGAGAAUGCAGCAAUAGGCACAAAAGUGGGCAACGUGACUGCCAAGGAUCCGGAAGGUCUGGAGAUAAGUUAUUCCCUGGAAAACAAUCAGAAAGGCUGGCUUAAAAUUGACCCUGUCACUGGUGAGAUCUUCAGCACGGGGCAGCUGGACAGGGAAGUCCAAAGUCUGUAUAAGGUACAAGUCGUGGCAAGAGAAAAAGGUGGCUCUUCUUUGAGGUCCACAGCCAGCUUCCACCUGACCCUAAUGGAUGUGAAUGACAAUGCCCCACGGCUGGCCAAGGACUACACCGGCUUGUACUUGUGUCAUCCCCUCAAAGCACUGGGAAGUUUCAUUUUGGAAGCCACGGAUGAUGACCAGCAACCACUUCGAGGCCCACAAUUUACAUUUGCCCUUGGCAGUGAGAAUCUACAAAAGGACUGGGAGGUUUCCAAAAUCAAUGGCACACACGUGAGGGUUUCCACCAGGCACACAAACUUUGAAGAAAGAAUGUACAGCUUCUCCAUCCGCAUCAGUGAUGGAAGCCAACCACCCAUGGCAAGGACUGUCGUUUUACCAGUUACUUUCUGCUCAUGUACGGAAGAUAGGUGUUUCCGGCCAGCAGAUAAACAGCCUGGAAUGCCCACGGUGGGCAUGGCAGUUGGUAUACUCCUGACUACCUUACUGGUCAUUGGUGUCAUUUUAGCAGUGGUGUUUAUCCGUCUGAGGAAGAAGAAAGGGGCCGGCAGCGCGGAGGGUACUCAGCGAUCUGAAGUCCGACCUCUGAAUGCAUGAGCCGGAAAAGCAAUGUCUGAACUCCAAGUGGCAUGCCGAUGACGCAGUCAUUUAAUAUUCAAUCCCAUACUUUUACUUUUCAUCCAAUAUGCACGUACAAUGUUUUUACAUACUCCCCUCCCCCUCUAAGAUUUUACUACUUUUAGAUAAUUCACGUGCUAUAGACCUUCCGGAUGCUUUUAAUUUUCCCCUGGCAUUUUCCUUAGCUAUUAAUCCCCAAACCAAACCGUUUGUCCCUCUUCAGGAGAGACGGACUACUGAAAUAUUCUGUACAUUUUUCUCUUCAUAAAGAACUUGGUUUAUUACUUAUCCACCACAGAACGUCCUGGAUCUCACUGACGCUUUUUUAAAGGUCUGUUCUAUGUCCCCUUGUUCCGGCAACUUCCUUGGUAGCUCAUUAAUUUCAAGGGGAAAGAAAGCAGCAGGGUCUCAGGGGAAAAAGUAAAGCCAUUGUCUUCUCCCUUAGCAAAAUCUCUUUUGUGAUGUUAUGAGCCCUCUUUCAGCCAGUAUGUCACUCUUCAGUUAAAGUUGUCUUCUUGUUUGUGGGACGCAGAACCGCAGAAGGGAUUCAAGCAGGCUGCUGUGCUUUGGCACAGCCUCAUUUCAUAAUCCUCGCUUCAGAAACUCAAUGGAUCACCAUGCAGUGGAUGUUUUCUUUAUGUGUAUAUCACUAAAGUAU